AUGAGACUCGCAGUGGGGGCCGGGCUUGUCGCGUCAGUAUUCACAGUCGCUCGUGGUCUUCAACAACCUCUACCAUUCUCGCGAGGAUCUCACGCGCUCCGUGAUACCCCUGUUGACAUCCCACUUGAGGUAUUUCAAGUUGAGGCACCGAUAGGGACGUACAAUCCUCCUGAAGACUGCGAAUUUACUACUGUCGUCUUGAAUAUGAGUAUUACGUCUGCCGGCAUCAACUACGACCGCCUCACGCUUCUCUACUUUGGAGACAUCGAAGUGUGGAGGUCAACUACGGCCAUGCCUGUCCGGACCGGCAUCUAUUACUCCUACGUCAAAGACAUGACCGCAUAUGCAUCACUGCUGCGUCAGGAGCAGAAGGUCAUCAUGCAACUCGAUAACAUAUACGACUCAACUUUUACCGGGAACUUCAACGUCACGGUCACUGCAUUUUUCUACGAAGACGAAGGCAACGUCUAUCCGGCGGAUCUCAUCCUCCCGAUAAGCUCAUUGGCGAGCGGCGAGAACAAGACGAGCGUCUUUUCGCUCCCAGAUGGGAAUGCUACCGCAUCACUAUCGUUCCCGCGAAACGUCGAGAGAGCGGUUGUCAGUGUUUUCGCAUCUGGGAAUGGAAACGAGGAGUUUUGGUAUACAGACGCUCCAGGGCAGUUCACGGGAACAUUCAAUCGCUCCUUCGUGAACGGCUAUUCUCCAUGGCGAGAGGUUCAGGUCCUCGUCGAUGGACAGCUGGCAGGUGUAAGUUGGCCGUUUCCGAUUGUAUUCACCGGCGGCAUUAGCCCCGGCCUAUGGGUUCCGAUUGUGGGUAUCGACACGUACGAUUUGGGCAGUGUCGAUGUGGAUAUAAGUCCGUGGCUUGGCUUGCUGUGUGAUGGCAGUACACACGUCUUCGAACUCAAAGUCGUCGGCUACAACUCGUCGACGACGCUUGGUAGCAUUGCGAGUAAUUGGUGGAUAAGUGGCGAGAUAUUUCUGUGGCUCGACGCCAACGGCACUCAAACGACUGGCGGUGUAUUGCAAUUCUCUGCGCCGGCACCAGUCUUUCAAUUGACGUCCUCCACGACUACUUACGCCAACGGUAGCAAUAGCUCCCUCCUCGUCGAGCUGUCUGCCGAGCGCACAUUGUCCUACUCGAAUACAAUUACGACCUCCUCUGGUCCACGCCUCCUGACCUGGUCUCAAGAUCUUUCGUACAUAAACAUACAAAACUUCACCGCAGCCGGAAGAAACGAGACGCUGUGGCAGUCGACCAACGGCAGCACUGCUUUCUCACCCAGCACAGCGUAUGCCACAAACCAGACAAUGUCAGCAUCUUUUGAGUACCCCAUCUCAUUUGCACAGGACUACAUCGUCCCGUUGGAUGCAACAGCUACCAACUCAACCCUGAUCGCAACGCUGGAUAGGUCCAAGGUCACAAAGGGCGAUGGCGUCUUGUCACAUCUUACUUAUCCUAGCUUUACAACUGAGGCCCCUGUGUUGAAGACAAGGCAAAACGGAAGCUGUUUCUACCUCUGGAACGACACGUAUUAUCAGUCUGCCGGUGCUAUUGAUCCAGCUAUCGGCACCUUCGGGGCAACGGACCAGUGGUUCUCCUGGGGCGGCUUCGUCGGCACAGCACGAGGAAGACAAUUUGAUGAGUACGGAAGAUAUGUUAGUGCUGUGGAUGGGUAUGAGCCGGUAUUGAAGAUUGAUGAGAUCAGUGAUGGGUUGAUAAAUGUGCCAGACACGACAGUCGUUACGGGUGAGAUUGUCGAUGACCUGUAG